AUGGACACCACCACAUUCCACUCAUUUCUCCGACUACCUUUUGAGCUGCACGAGCAAAUCUGGCAAGAUGCCUGCUUGCAGCUGAGACCGAGAGAGAGGCGCAGGAAUAUUCACUAUCUGUAUAUGGACGAAAAUAGAAACAUCUGGCCUCGGGACUACGAUUGGAAGACCGACGAUCCAAGCAACAGAUCUGGCUACACAUGGCAUUCCUAUAUAUGGCAUGUAGGGCUAUGGACAGCUUGUAGGGAGUCUCAUGAUGCUGUAAGAAAGUUCGAAGAUCUUUACCUCGGGUUUCCACGCCCGCGGCGUUGCAUGAGGGUAGUUUCCCCCCAGAAAAGCGAUUCUUUGCCCCGGGACCAAGUUAUAGAUCUCACUGAGGACAUAUGCUUCGUCACCACCGAUUCAUGGGAGUCUCUUCUGAGACCUUGGAAACCGAUAUAUCUUCAUACCGAAGAUGCUCGAGGUCGAAAGCCAAUGAAGAAAUCUCGGAACAUUGGUGUCAAGUUUGACCCAUCUUGGGACGAAGAACUGGAGAAUGCCUGCUUCGCCACUGUUCUCCGUGACUUCUCUCCCUCACUGGCUUUCAUGAUCAGGCUACUUUUUGAGGUUGCGCCCGACGAUUUUCCUGGCCAAUCAAAGGUUAUGUUGAUCGACGAUGUAUCUGAAUGGCAAUCAUAUGACACUGAAGGGCAUGGUGGAGGUAGGAUCUUCGAUUCCGGCCAGGAGUACGUGGAACUGGGAUCACUUCUGAGCUCCAGUACACAUAUCCCUCUUCGGAGCAGCCCUAUGGACUACUUUGCUGAUGAUCUCAGUUACUUGUUCAUGAGGAAAUUAAAUGAGGCUCGCAAGUGGCAUAGCAGGGCUCACCUCCUCGAUACUGACUUCUUUAUACCAGUUCUGAGACGGGACAAACAAGUUCCAAUGAUCCGUAAAUAG